AUGGAAGAAUUAAAAGACAAAAGUUUGCAUUUAACUGCAGAAAAACUAGCUGAAGAACUACAAAAAAUGGACAAUUAUAAUGGGUUUUAUGAAGACUUGCAGGUAUAAUGUAUAAAUAUUAUAUAAUCUGGCAUAAUAUAUAAUUUAAAAAUUAGUAUAAUUAUAUAGGUAGAUAUUUCAUAAAUUGUUUCUAUUGAUUUAAACAACUUGUAUUUUAGAUUCGGUUACUAUGAUGUGUAUUUUUUUUUUGUAUUUCUUUUUUCUUUGUCUCUGAUGAACUUUUAUACCAGAAAUCUUGCUUCGAUGUAUAAAAUGUAGCACUUUUUCUGAAAGGAAAUUGUAUCUAUAAUUAGUGCAUAUAAGAAAUAAUUUUUUGAUUUUCAUAAUACUUAAGAAAAACCAGAAAAACAAUUAUUGGAAUAACGUUAAAUAUUUAUUGCACUCCACCGACGUUACUUAUUUCAUUGUUUUUUAUUUUUGAAAAAUUGUUUUCUACAAGAAAUACUGACUUAAUCAAAAGAAGAAGAAAAGUGACUUUUUUUUGUUGCAUUUUGAAUUUGGUUGCUCACGAAGUAAGUUAAUUUUUGAUUUUCCAAGUAGUUUUUAUAAUAAUGAAGAAAAUCUGGAAAGAACAAUUAGUGAAAACUGAUAAAUUUACAGUGUUAUGGUUUCUUUAAUUCAAAUUUGUAUGGCUUAUGUUUCUAUAAAAAAUAUUGCUCCAAUAAAAAAACAACAAUAGACCUUUUUUGAUGUAGUUUUUGGACAAGAAAGUAAUUUUUUUGUUUUUCCAAAAUUAAAAUUUUAAAAACACAUUAUUUAUUUUUGAGCUAUUUAUACAAUUUUUAAUUUUGGUAGAUUUUUCAUGCAAUUUUAAUUUAGUAGGUAGUUACUCUGUGGAUGAAAUUGUAGAUUAAAAAAAAAUGAUUGAAAACAUAAGGUUCAUUAUAAGUUAUAAUGUUGUAAAUUACAAGUUAAUGGUAAAAAAAAAAAAAUUGAGUGUAAUUUACUAAUAUUUUUUUAUAUAUAAAUUAUAUAAAUAUAAAUUAAAUUUAUGUAUCCUACCUUUCCAACUUUCUAUCAAUAACCUCUAGGGCUGGUAGAUGGGUAGCUCACCCAUCCCCAGUAUCAGCUCUUUUUUAAAUUGUAAAUAGCUAAAUUUGUACCGCCUCAUCAAUUUGUUUCAAAAGUAAAAUUUAUUUUGAACUAAUAUAAUACCUAUUAUUAUAGUAAAAUCAAAGCUAAUAUUAUAUUAUUUUAUUCACGUAUACCUACGUCAUUAAAAAGCUGUCCGAGGAUACAGCCAUUGUUGUAGGUGGGAAGUCGAGAAAGUAGGAUAAAGACUAUAAUUUAAUGUAUAUAAUAUGUAAGCAACGAUUAACCAUUGCUAAUAAUAAAAAAACGAUUCUGAGCGGAGUUGAUAAUGUUGCUUUGUCAACAAUACCAAGUGAUCUAUUUAAGUGGGAACACUCCUUAUCUCGGAAAGUACUAACUUUUUUUCGGAAUUUGAUUUCUAGAAUGUUGAAGAAGCAAGCUGCUCUAUAAUUUUGUAUUUAUGUUAUUUUUUGUUACCCUUAUUUUUGGAGGAAAACCAUUAACCACCAACUACCUUCUUUUGAUAUUUACAUAGCAACCUAUAUUAAAAAUUCUAGUAUUAGGGUAUUAGUAAGUAUUUUCGUAUUGAAAUUUUUGAUUUCUAUUAAUCCAUUUAUGAGAUGUUGCACUUUUAAGUUUAAGUUGGAAGAGAGUAGUAGAGUAUCAUUUGUGUGGCGGUACGGCGUGUUCCCAAUUUAUUGGGAAAAUUCCUAAGAAAAUCAAAAAAUCUGACCCCCUUGAGAGGUAUGUCCGUGAAUUUGUUCCUCCGACUUUGUCCGAUCGAUUUGAAAAGUAUGCCAAUAUUUUGUAAACUAAUUUUUAGAAUUGGCAAAUCAGUUAUUCAAGUUUUAUAACCUAAAAACCGGUUUGGGCGGUCAACUUCACGUAGUUCCUCGACUUUGUCUGAACAAUUCGAAAAGUAUGCCAUCAUUUUAAAAAUGAAUAGAGACCCGUAGUUUUCAUAAAAUACUUAUAUUAGCCUUUUAGCUUUUGUAGUUUUUAGUAAAAUUUUAGUAAAAUUUUCAAAACAUUCUAGCUCUUAUAGAUUAUUUAUAAGUAUUUGAUGUUUGUCUUUUUACAUGUAUUUUUUUUUCGGUAGGUAUCUGUAAUUAAAAUUUUAUCACUAAACAGAAAUUAUUGAAAAUUUAACACAAAGUUCAUUAUAAGUUGAACUUGGUGGUAUAAAAAUAAAUUUGAAUUUAAUGCAUUGGUUGUUUAUACAAAAUAUUGGCAUACUUUUCAAAUCGAUUAGAUAUAGUCAGGGGGCCAAUUUCACGGAUAUUUAAGAGGUACUUUAUCUCUCCAGUCAGAUUUCCUUUUAGAAAAAGUGCUAUCAUUGUAAAUCUGAGCGUAAUUAAUGGUAGAAAAAUUAUCCGCAGAAAAAAAAAAAUCAUUGUAAAUUUAAUACAUUCCUUGCUCCACUCAAAAUCUAAAAUUGAAUAAAACUACAAAAUACAAAUAAUAAUUAUUAUUGUUGAAAUUUUCAGCAUUUACUUAUUUUUAAACAAUAAAUAAUCUAUCUAUUUACAAUGUAAUAUACUUAAUUGUUUUUUUGUUUAUUUAUUAGGUGUUGGCUGCUUCUCAUGACGUAUCCAUUGACGACUUUAAAAGUACUUUAGUUCAAGCUGUGAAUAAAGGGAGUAUGGAAAUAAAUCUUCGAAAUGCUGUAUUUCAUUGGUUAAGAAGUCAUGGAAACAAUAAACAAACAGUGGUUAGGGAUGAAAUUACAAGUAGAGAAUCAUUAGAUUAUUUGAGGAAAGCCCAAGUAAUUUGUAUAUUAUGUCUAGUAUAAUAGUAAUAUUAUAUAACUGUACAAUUGUUUGAAUUAUUUCUUUAAAUGUAGAUAACAUGGGAAAAAAGGAUUCAAAAAUCAUUAGAAUCUAUGUGUGAAGAAAUAGGUAUAAAUCUGUCUUGUUAUAGAUCAAUUGGAGACCGAGAAGAAAUGUUACAAAAAUGGAAUGAACUCAGUACAUACAACACUAGUAAGUUGUUUUAUUAUUUUUAAUCUAUGUUUAGGUAUUUACAAAUAUAGAAUAAAAUAUGUAAGUAUCUGGGCCAUAUUUAGAGAGUAGCUCGGAUGGACAAUUGCUCGCAAUAUAACUUUUUAGGGACGCCGAAAAAAUGGUUAAAAAAAAUUUAAUUUAAUUUAAUUUUUUUUUCAUACCCAAUGUAUUUUAUCACGAUUUAUUUAUUUUACUUUUAUAAUUAUAAAUAAAACGUAGUAAAAUAUAUCGAUAACGAUAUCUGUGAAUGUGUAUUGACCGGCGGUUAUGAUAUAAUCUAUGAAUAAUAUGUCACCUCAGUAUUUAUACCAGUUGGUGCCUAAAAUAAUAUGGGUACAAACAUGUUUGUUUGUCAUGUUUGUUUACGAAAACGAUUGGGUUAUUAUUAAUAUUAUUAUGUUUGUGUUUUUAAAAACUCAUUUUAUUUAAAAAAUAUUAAUAAAUACGGCCUUGUAGGUUUACUAACAUUUAAGUUAUAAAGUAAAGCAUAAAGUUAAUGGUACCAUUUGUAAAAAUAAUAGAGCUGAAUACACAGUCAAACAUUUUUUUUCGAUUCAAUAGUAGAGAAAAUGUAAAGGGGACGCACGGAAAUAGUGUAGCCCGAGGGUGCCAAAACACUAAAUAUAGCCUUGGACUAAAUUAUAAAAUAUUAAAAAAAAACUUAGUAGAUAGUAGGUAAAAAGAGCUGAUAUUGCUGUCUAUUAUAUGCCACUGUAGGUGGGAAUUUGAGAGGCAGGAUAUAUAGUUAUUUAAUUUGCAAACCGCCAUUUCACCCAGAUCAAUGUGUUGAAACUAUUUCGUCGCGACUUAUUCUCUACAAUAUUUUGCCGCUGUAACGGUUCAGUUAUGAACCAAUUAGACACGAGGAAUAAUUCUCCGCCAAACUUUUUACUGAUGAACUGAUUUGCUAGGCAUAUUGUUUAAUCGAUGGACUGAUUCUUUAACCCAUUUAUAAAUGGGAUAUAUUCUAGAUACAAACACGUUAACAAAAAAAUAUGUUGGUGUACAUUGGUUUUAAAAUCAUUUUGUAUACUAUGCAGGUCGAGUGGUUUUUGAACGUGUAAAACAAACACCUCUUAGGGUGAUUAUAGAUAAUAGAGUUCACACACACUGUAUGUAGGUACCUAAUGAUUAAUUAUUAAAAAAAGCGAUUCUCAGCGGAAUUCUGUUGAUCAAUUUAAAUUAAAAAUGAUAUCAAUUUGUACCCAACUAUAAAAAAAAUGAGCAUUAUCCGUGUUUUUUCGUUUGAAAAUUUGUGAAUUAUUUUAACCGACUGUUAUCAUACAAUUGCAAAAAUCACUAAUAUACUUAUAAUUGUUUUAAAUUAAAUAAUAUGCCGUACACUGUAGCAACGAAUAAAUCUGUGGGUAAAAAUGAUACAUAUCCCCCCUCUCCAUGGAAUUAACCCGAAGACGCCCCUGAGUAAUACUAUUAACUAAGCUCCGCUCAGAAUCAUUUUUUGUUGACAAUGCUUAAAUUUGCUUAGGUAAAGAUAUACAUUAAAUUUCCCUCAAUAUCCUACUUUCCCAACUUCUCAUCUAUAAUAAUGGUCCACCCAUCGUGCGAAGUAUAUCCGUCUUUUUUUCUUAUCAACCAUUAAUAUUAAAUUUAAUUACUUCGCUUCCUCUCAUAGUUAAGGUCUGGAGACGCCCCUGAUUAUAGCUAACCCAAAACGAUUUUGAGCGAUGUUCCACAAAAGAUGUUUUCAAGUACAGCGAUAUGUACAAUUUUCUUCAAAAUUUGAAUUCAAACCUUUUAUUAAAUAAAAACUACUAGGUAUAUUACAAUAAUUAUUUUUUAUUACCAGAUACAACUUAGGGUAGUAAAUUUAUGUGUUAUAUUUAUGCCUGUGCCAAAAAAGUUUUAUUCAUAUAAAUCAAUUAUUUUGUGAUUAUGUGAAUAUAGUUUUUUAACAAAAUGCAAAAAAUAUCAUAAUUUUUGUCAAUUUCCAUUAAAAUUUUAUAUUAUUAAAAUCAAUGCAUUCCUUGCUGUGCUUAAAAUCUGAAAGCUUUAAAAGAGACAUCAACAAAUUUAUUUUUACUAUUAUUAUUAGCUAUUUUCAUAAUCUUCGUAGAUAAAAUGUUAUUCAUGUAAUUUUAUUUUUAAGGUUUAGAAAGGCUGAGACCAGUGUAUGCACCAAAAGAUUUUUUAGAAGUAUUAUUUUCAUUGCAUAAUCCUAAUUAUCGGAUGAUAUCGUGAGUAUCUAAAAAUACUAAAACUAAAAAACUUUGUAUGAAAUUGUCCGGAAAAAAAAUGAUACAUGAACUUUCUAUUGCUAUAAUAUAUUUCUUCAUUACUUUUAUUUGAUCUAGAAAAAUUAAAAAAAGUAUUCUGAUUUACUGAUAAAAAAAAUUUUAAUUAACAGUUUUAUUAUUAAUUUACAAUAUUUUGAAUUACUUACAACCUAUAAAAUAUAAAUAGGUAUUAUUUUUAAAAUUGUGUUUCUUAACUUCUUUCUAUACUUUUAAGCUAGAACUAAAUAUAUUAGAAUAUACUAGUAUUUCUUAAAAAAAAAAAAAGUAAUAGUUCUAGUUAUUUUAUUUUUAUUUUAAACACUCCUACAUUAUCCAUAACAAAUAUUGACAAAUAUAAAGAUAAAUUUAUAUUUUAAAUUUUAUGUCCAGAGACGAUAUGAUUUGGGACUUUACAUACUUACCUCUCAAAGUUAAAACCCUUUCAGAACUUGUAAGUAUUUUUUAAAUAAUAUUAUUUAACUACUGACUGUGACAUAUCCAGAAUUUUUUCCAGCAGGUUUUCAAUAUAUUCUUAUUAUACAGAUUAAUAGGAAAAUUGUUGAUAAAAUUUGUGUUUACAUCACUCUUACAAUAAAUACUAUAAAUACAAUUGUACAUACAUAAUAGUUUUGUUUGUUUUUUAGAAACACUUUUACAGAGAUUUGGCUACAGCCGAUUUGUUAUUAGGUUUAACGACAUUGACAACGAUUUCGGGUGGUUCAACAUCACAGGGAGAAAAAGACCGAAUUAUUAGAGGAGAAGAAGGUAAAAUACAAAUUAUCAAAUGUGUACAUAAUAAUGGUAACAAAUUAAUAAUGUAAGUAUUUUCAGUUUUAGCACAUCAGCAUGCACCUGUGUGUCAAGAGUAUUUAAAAUUGGGUGCACCACGUAGUCUUCGAGGUAGACUUUGGUCACAAAUACUUGGAUCUAAUGUGAAGUCGUCGGUAAUUUAAAAUCGAGACUAUAUUUUAGUCUAUAUUAAGUGAAUUAAUAAACAAAAAAAAUAAUAACAAAGUAGGUAUUAUUGUAAUAAUUAUUUGUUUAGUAAUUUAUUAAAUUGUUUAGGAACAUGAUUACUUGGAACUUAAACAACGUGUGUUACAUUACGAUAUUUUGAUAGACAAAUUAAUCACAAAGGACGUUCAACUGACAGCAUGCAAUGACGACCAAUACUUUGUGUUCGAAGACGUUUUGCAUCAGGUAAUAUAAAAAAAAUGUCUUAUAUUGUCAAUAUUGUGUCAUUAAUUAAUUAUUAUAAUUAUUACAUAAUUUUACCUAUCUACCUAUUUAGAUAAUGUUGUGUUUUACUCGUGACACUAGUGUGUUGUCAGUAUUCAAUAGCUCGACUAGCCGUCCAAUUUUAACAUGGUUAAAGAGUAAACCGCCCAAAGAGACGACAUAUCCUCCAAAUGGCAUCAUACCUUUUCACGGUUUCACAAUGUAUGGUAAGCAUACAGCCAAAAUAUAAUGUUUGUGUCUAUAUACUUAUUUAAUUGUACAAUGUCCUCUUAAGUUUAAAAUUUUUGAAAAAAAAUUUACCUAACCAACUCUAAUAUUCUUUAAACUCAUUUAAAACUUUGUAGUUUUUUUUGAUUGAUAAAUUUUAAAACUGAAAGUAAAUCUUAUAAAAAUACGAUCAUUUAUAGUUUUCACAAUACUAUGUACAUAUUUAUUUCUAAAACUUCUUCAAAAAAAGUAGGUAUCUAGGAGUGUAAAACAAUAUUAUUAUUUUUAAUAUAGUAUAGACAAUUUUUUUCAACCUAUAAAUGGUAAUUACUUUUAAAAACCUUCCAUAAUAACUAAUAAGUUAUGCAAUUUUAAAAACUAUUAAUAAUAUAAAAGCACAAUAUGUUGGUAAAAAUGUAUUUUAUAUAAUAAAAAAUAUGAAUUAAUUUUAUACUUAUCAGAUUUUAUGUAUUUUUAUAAUUAAUGAACAUUAUUCAAUUAUUUUAUAUUAUAAUUCUUUUUGAUUAAAGCAUAAUAUUAAUAAGUCAUAAAAUAUUAUAGUAUAUUAAAAUUAUUAAUACAGUGAUAUAAAAGCACUGCUAUAUGGAACUUUACAGAUUGAAUUAAAAUGAUACAUUUUUUAUUUUAAAAGCCCGUAAUUUAACACUCCAAUGAAUGGUGGAUCAAUUUAAAAAAAACCUACUAGUCAUUAUAUUGAAAAAGGUUCCGUUUUGCAUGAAUAUAUUUUAAUUUUUAACCAUUGAAAAUCAUGACAUCCAUGAGACUUACUAUUUAAAAACCAUUACUAAAAUUAAAACUUAAUAACCUAAAAAAAAGAACUGAUACUAGGUACAAGUAUAGCACUGUUGGAGUUGGGAAGUUAGGAAGUUAAGAUACAUAAUGUUAUUUUAUUUGUAUCUGUAAGCAACGAUAAACCAUGGCUAAUGAAAAACGAUUCGAAGGAAAAUUCAGUUAUAAAUGUUUUGAAGCCGUAAUAUUUACAAUUUUUAUCAAAAAUUUACAUUUUAAUGCUUAUAAAAAAAUAUACUACAUUACAUUCAUUUUUUUUUAAUCUCUAAGUAGAAAUUAUAAUGAACCUCUAGUUCAAUUUUCAACCAUUUCAGUUUAGUCUAACAAUUGUAUACACAAAGUACCUACCAAAUAAAAAUUAAGUAAAAAACUCUCAAAAUAAAAUUAUCUAUAACUAGCUCAAAUAUAAAUAAAAUGUUUUGAAAAUUUUACCACAUCUAGAAAAAGGAAAUAUAAGUUUUCUGUCAAAUUUUCAAGUCUACAAAUAUUUUUAAUUGAAUUUCAACAAAAAACACAAAUGAAGAUAAUAAAAUUAUUAUUUUUUUUUACAUUUUCCCUUUCUUUCUUGAUUUCUUUUGGUUUUUGCAAAAUUUAUUAAAAAAAACUACAGUGUUUCUUAGUGUUUUACUGGAGUAAUAUUUUUAGUAGAUAAAAUAACUCAUGUAAAAACAAUGAGAUUGAUAACACGCAUUGUAAAUAUUUGUCAUUUUACCUAUAUUUUGUUGCCGGUUUUUCCUAGAUAUUUUGAAAAUCAAAAAUGAUCUCUAAUAUGCCUACUAGAUAAAAUUUUUUUCAAAAAAUGUAUUAAAUCCGUCUAUUCAAAAGUUAUCAGAUUCAUUAUUACACUCCGAAUCGAAAAUUAGAUUGUUCAAAUAUUAUAAUAUAGGUAUAAGGAAUUUCACUCAAAGCACUAUUUCAUUAACUACAAUUAAAAUACUAUUAUAGCUGCUCCAGUUUGCUACCUAUUCAACGACCCUGUGCCUUUAUACUUCACGUUUAGAGCGUUUUACCAAAGAUACUGGUUCAGACUACACGAAAUAAGUUCGCACCCACAAGGCAUAUUGGGUUUAUGCAUUCUGUUUCAAAGACUUUUGCAGAGACAUGAGACCAAAAUAUGGUCACAUUUCAUGAGCAACAAUAUUCACCCGUAAUUAUCAUAAGAGUAUUAUGAUUAUCACUUAUGUAUUAUAUUGUACAGAAUUUAAAAAAAAAAUCUACCUUGUAUUAUAGCAUCAGAGUGGUUUUCAAGUGGCUCAUGAAAGGUUUUAGUGGAUUUUUACUCCCGGAACAAUUGCUCAACUUGUGGGAUAUGAUUCUAGCCUACGAUUCUCUAGAGGUAUUACCACUUUUGGCUGUCACUAUUCUAAGUUUCAGAAAAGACAAUCUACUUCAAGUUAACACAUUACCAAAUGUGGAAGUGAGUAUUGUUUUGAUUAUAUUAAAUGGAAUAAUGUUAUUAUUUACUCGUUAUUGUUAUAUUAUAGGCGAACAAAUAUUUUUUUAUUUUUUUCUAGUCGGUUCUGAUCGAUUUAUCAUCAUUAAAUGUAAUGUCUCUGUUACAAUUGGCACUUAAAGGACCAAUAAAAAUGUAA